AUGCUCAUAGAGGAUGUGGAUGCCCUCAAGUCCUGGCUGGCCAAGUUACUGGAGCCGAUAUGUGAUGCUGACCCUUCAGCCUUAGCCAACUACGUUGUUGCACUGGUCAAGAAGGACAAACCUGAGAAAGAAUUGAAAGCCUUUUGUGCUGAUCAACUUGACGUCUUUUUACAAAAAGAAACUUCAGGUUUUGUGGAUAAACUAUUUGAAAGCCUCUAUACUAAGAACUACCUUCCACCUUUGGAACCAGUUAAGUCUGAGCCAAAACCAUUAGUCCAAGAAAAAGAAGAAAUUAAAGAAGAGGUAUUUCAGGAGCCAGCAGAGGAAGAACGAGAUGGCAGAAAAAAGAAAUAUCCUAGUCCCCAGAAGACUCGUUCAGAAUCAAGUGAACGAAGGACACGUGAGAAGAAAAGAGAAGAUGGCAAGUGGAGAGACUACGAUAGGUACUUUGAGCGGAAUGAAUUGUACCGUGAGAAGUAUGAUUGGAGAAGAGGCAGGAGUAAAAGCCGGAGUAAGAGCCGAGGCCUGAGUCGAAGUCGAAGCCGAAGUAGGGGGCGCAGCAAAGACCGGGAUCCAAAUAGGAAUGUUGAGCACAGGGAAAGAUCCAAGUUUAAGAGUGAAAGGAAUGACUUGGAGAGUUCAUAUGUGCCUGUGUCCGCACCGCCUCCAAACUCUUCGGAGCAGUAUUCCUCUGGGGCCCAGUCUAUUCCCAGCACUGUUACUGUGAUUGCACCUGCGCACCACUCUGAAAACACCACAGAGAGUUGGUCUAAUUACUAUAACAAUCAUAGCUCUUCCAAUUCUUUUGGUCGAAACCCACCACCAAAGAGGCGAUGCAGAGAUUAUGAUGAAAGAGGAUUUUGUGUACUUGGUGACCUUUGUCAGUUUGAUCAUGGAAAUGAUCCCCUGGUUGUUGAUGAAGUUGCUCUGCCAAGCAUGAUUCCUUUCCCUCCACCUCCUCCUGGGCUUCCUCCUCCACCACCUCCUGGCAUGUUAAUGCCUCCAAUGCCAGGCCCAGGCCCUGGUCCUGGCCCUGGUCCAGGCCCAGGCCCAGGCCCAGGUCCAGGUCCUGGCCACAAUAUGAGACUUCCUGUUCCCCAAGGACAUGGCCAGCCUCCACCUUCUGUUGUGCUUCCCAUACCAAGACCACCCAUAACGCAGUCAAGCUUAAUAAAUAACCGUGACCAGCCUGGGUCAAGUGCAGUGCCCAAUCUUGCACCAGUGGGAGCAAGACUACCUCCUCCUUUACCCCAGAACCUCCUUUAUACAGUAUCAGAACGACAGCCCAUGUACUCUCGUGAACAUGGUGCUGCUGCAUCUGAGCGACUUCAGUUGGGGACACCACCUCCUCUGUUGGCAGCUCGUUUGGUGCCACCUCGAAACCUCAUGGGAUCCUCCAUUGGGUACCAUACCUCAGUCUCCAGCCCCACCCCUCUGGUCCCAGAUACAUAUGAACCAGAUGGUUAUAACCCAGAAGCUCCUAGUAUUACCAGUUCUGGUAGAUCUCAGUACAGACAGUUCUUUUCAAGAACACAGACACAGCGCCCAAACCUGAUUGGCCUAACAUCUGGAGAUAUGGAUGCAAAUCCAAGAGCUGCUAACAUUGUCAUCCAGACUGAACCACCAGUUCCUGUUUCAAUUAAUAGCAACAUAACCAGAGUAGUUCUUGAACCAGAUAGCCGAAAAAGAGCUGUGGGUGGCCUGGAAGGGCCACUCACAAAGAAACCUUGGCUUGGAAAGCAAGGAAAUAACAAUCAGAGUAAACCAGGAUUCUUAAGAAAGAAUCAGUAUACAAAUACCAAGUUAGAAGUCAAGAAAAUUCCUCAGGAGUUAAACAACAUUACCAAGCUCAAUGAACACUUCAGCAAAUUUGGAACUAUUGUUAACAUCCAGGUUGCUUUUAAGGGAGAUCCAGAAGCAGCCCUUAUCCAAUAUCUUACCAAUGAGGAGGCCAGGAAAGCCAUUUCUAGCACUGAAGCUGUUCUAAACAACCGAUUCAUUCGAGUCCUGUGGCAUAGAGAAAACAAUGAGCAACCAGCACUACAGUCUCCAGCACAGCUGCUCCUACAACAACAGCAAACACUUAGUCACAUGUCACAACAGCACCAUCAUCUGCCACAGCACCUUCAUCAGCAAUCUUCUACUGCAACGGUACAUGGAAGUAUCCAGAAGAUGAUGAACAAACCACAGACACCGGGUGCAUAUGUUCUUAACAAAGUUCCUGUGAAACAUCGUCUUGGACACGCAAGUGCUAACCAGAGUGAUGCGGCACAUUUGUUAAAUCAGUCAGGUGGUGCUGGAGAUGAUUGCCAGAUAUUUUCACCUCCAGGCCAUCCAAAAAUGAUUUAUAGCUCUUCAAACUUAAAGACUCCUUCAAAACUUUGUUCAGGGUCUAAAUCUCACGAUGUUCAAGAAGUUCUUAAAAAGAAGCAGGAAGCAAUGAAGCUACAACAAGAUAUGAGGAAAAAAAGGCAAGAAGUGUUAGAAAAACAGAUAGAAUGCCAGAAGAUGCUAAUAUCCAAGCUAGAAAAAAACAAAAACAUGAAACCAGAAGAGAGAGCAAAUGUAAUGAAGACUUUGAAAGAGCUUGGUGAAAAGAUCUCACAACUGAAAGAUGAAUUAAAAACAUCUUCUGCAGUCUCUACACCAUCGAAAGUAAAGACCAAAACAGAGGCCCAAAAAGAACUAUUAGAUACUGAAUUGGACCUUCACAAGAGACUAUCCUCAGGAGAAGACACAACAGAAUUACGGAAAAAACUCAGUCAGUUACAGGUUGAGGCUGCACGAUUAGGUAUCUUACCAGUGGGUCGUGGAAAGACCAUGUCCUCCCAAGGUCGAGGAAGAGGCCGAGGUCGUGGAGGAAGAGGAAGGGGCUCACUAAAUCACAUGGUGGUGGACCACCGGCCCAAAGCACUGUCAGUUGGGGGACUCAUUGAAGAGGAAAAAGAUGAUUUACUUCAGCAUUUCUCAGCUGCAAACCAAGGGUCAAAAUUUAAAGACCGUCGGCUACAAAUAUCAUGGCACAAGGCCAAGGUGCCUUCUGUAUCUACAGAGACCGAGGAAGAAGAAGUCAAGGAGGAGGAAACAGAAACCUCAGAUUUGUUUUUGCCUGAUGAUGAUGACGAAGAUGAAGAUGAAUAUGAGUCUCGUUCAUGGCGAAGAUGA